AAUAAAGCAAUCAAAGAGCCUGAUUACCCAAGUGUAGUGGCACAAAUAUUUACGGGUGUUGAUAGAUCUCUCAAAAGCAUUGUAACAAACGCUUACGGAAAAUCAACUUGCAAGGGUGACAGCGGUGGUCCAUUAUUUCAAGUAGAUGGUAACCAUAAACACGUAUUAAUAGGGAUUGUCAGUAAUGGAGAUGAUUGUACGCGGACUAAUAGACACAAUAUUAAAAAUUGGGCAGUUGAUGUGCGUCCAUACCUAGACUGGAUCUGUGCGCAAUCAGGCGUCUGUCCGCUCGACGAGUAAACGAAGGAAGGUGAAGUA